UCACUCUAAUAGUUCCGCUUCACGCUUCCGGUUAGGCGGAUCUCUUCGCUUUGCGCUCGUCUGAUUUACUAUUCUUUAUAUUUAUUGUUAUCUUCUCUUUAGUGGUUUAAUAUUCUCUCUUUAGUGGAUCUCGUAUCAGUACAGGAUGGUGGUCGGUGGAUUAGUUGGUGUUGUGCCAUCCCGCUGGGUUCCCUGUUCGAGUCCCGACCAUGGAGUAUGAAGCGAACAGCCAGCAGGACUACAUCAAGAUGGUGACCGACAUGAUCAUCCUCUGCGCCACCCUCUCCCUAAGCCUCUCCUUCUGGGUCCUGUCAAUCAUCAUCAGCUCCUACUCCGGGACUCUGUCUCCCGUGUCGCCGUGGCGAUGGCUGCUGUCCCUCCUGGUCCCACUGGUGCUGGCUAUCAGGGCCGUGAAGAGGCGGAGCUUAGACUGGACCGGAGCGCUGGGAGCGGUGCUGGUGGGCUUCGUGCUGUGCAUGGCCAACCUCAGCUUCUUCGUCUCGCUGCUCUUCUUCUUCUACUCUUCGUCUCGGCUCAGCCGCUGGGGAGGCGGGGUCAAGAGCAAGAUCGACGCCAACUACAAGGAGGGAGGUCAGAGGAACUGGGUGCAGGUGUUUUGUAACGGAGGCGUUCCCGCAGAGCUCGCUCUGCUCUACAUGAUCGAGGCGGGUCCCGGGGAGCUCCCUGUGGACUUCAGUCAGCACUACUCAGCCUCCUGGAUGAGUCUGGCCCUGCUGGGGGCCCUGGCCUGCAGCACCGGGGACACCUGGGCCUCGGAGGUCGGGCCCGUCCUCAGCCAAUCACGGCCCAGACUCAUCACCACCUGGGAGGAGGUGCCCGCAGGUACUAACGGAGGCGUGACCUCCGUGGGAUUGUUUGCCAGCUUCCUUGGUGGCCUCGCUGUGGGUGCGGCUUACUUUGUUAGCCAGCUGCUUUUUGUCAACGACUUGAACCUGGCCAAUCCACAGUGGCCAAUCAUAUUGUACGGGGGCGUCGCCGGUUUAUUGGGAUCCCUUCUGGACUCCUUCCUGGGAGCCAACAUGCAGUAUUCAGGUUUCGACAGCAGCGUGGGGAAGGUGGUGAGCUACGAGUCGAUGACCACCCGACAUAUCAGUGGGAAACCCGUCCUGGACAACAACGCCGUCAACCUGUUCUCCUCCCUGCUGGUCGCACUCAUCCUGCCGGGCCUGGCCUGGGGCGCCUGGCCGCAGUAGACCCAACCCACCACCAGCCUCCCCCUGUAGACCCCACCCUCCACCACCACCAGCCUCCCCCUGUAGGCCCCACCCUCCACCACCACCACCCUCCCCCUGUAGACCCCACCCUCAGCCACUUGCCGCCCCCCCCAGACAUCUAUGGAGUCGUCCUGACCUUCUCUGAACCUCAGUGUCUUCUUGUGUGUAAUAUUUUUAUCAUGAUGAUGAAUGUGAUUCUGGAAUGUUUACAUGAUUUAAGGUGCAAUGUAAUGUAACAUGCAUCUCAAAUUGAACACUAAAUUAAAAACCUUCAUUUAAAAAAAAUUGGGGGAUGGGAUUUGAUUGUGGAUGGUCAGAGUGACUGUUUCCUAUUGGCUAACGGCCCUAAGUGUGUGGAGAUGCAAGUUUUAAAAGAAACAUUAUUUAACCAUCUAAACGAUGAAGGGUCUGCAUCAAAAAAAGCAAAUACUGUUCGAUUUUUUUAAUGUGUUUCGCUUCUACACAAUUACCUUCGUAAGCAUCUUGGUUUUGUUAUCGAAUUGUAAUCAUUUUAAAGACAAACUCACUACUUUCCUUUCUUCACCUCAGUAAGCUGUCAACAUUAAACAAGUUCAAUAAAAAUGCAUUUCUGCUUUA